GUUUGUGACGUCAUUUAAGGAACGUAUGAAUGCGCUGCAUACAAAACAACGCAGUGUGAAAUAACAGUUCUUUAUAUAUUGCUUUGAAAUUAAUAUAAAAAUUGUACGAAACAUGUCGACAUCCGAUUCUGAGUCGAGUACAGCAACAACAGCGGAAAAUAUUUAAUUGAACAGUCGGGAAUUCGAUUUCGAAGACGAAGAUCAAUCGUCAUUAAAUGCGCUCCGAAACACCGAUGGCGAUUUUGAGUACGGCCAAGCUGCAGCGUAUGAAAACGAACCACUUGCUGAUGAUGAGUGGUUAGAAACUAUAAUAAAGAGACAGAAGAACAAAGACGCCAAACAGAAGAGCUCGAACGCAGAAUGCAAAAUGAAGUUCCUCUUGAUUCUUGGUGCAAUUGUGGUAAGUGCCGUGUUCCUCUCUUGGUUAAUCUAAAAGAAUGUAGAUGUUGCCACGAAAUUAUCAAUUGCAUGAUUGAAAUGCAAGAUCAUAUGGUGGUAUCCGAAUUAGUAAGGCAGCCAAAAUGCAUAACAGAGCAUCCAGGAUUUGAUGCCAUUUGCCUCAAUCGAUGGGCAUUAAAUUCAGCUGCCAAUCUUUACCAAAGACGAGAUGGAGUUAGAUAUUGUAAAGGAUUCUUGGAGCAAAGGUUUUUUCGAGUUGUUGCAUAUAGGCAAUUUACAAGAAUGGUACAUGGCAUUCUUCGAGACAAAAGAAUUCCACUUCCAGCUUGUGCUUACCAUGUCAUUUGA